AUGAUAAUUAAUAGUAACAACAGUACUAAUAAUAAUAAUAAUAGUGGUAAAAGUAGUGGUAGUUGUGGUAGUGAAAGUGGUUUUAUAAAAAGUAUUGGCACUAAUAAUGAGGACCUUCCUCCGUUAAAUAAUACUAUUAUUAAUAAUAAUAACAAUAACACUAAUAAUAACAAUUAUAAUAAUAAUAAUAAUAAUAAUAAUAAUAAUAAUAAUAAUAAUAAUAAUAAUAAUAAUAAUAAUAAUAAUAAUAAUAAUAAUAAUAAUAAUAAUAAUAAUAAUAAUAAUAAUAAUAAUAAUAAUAAUAAUAAUAAUAAUAAUAAUAAUAAUAAUAGUAAUAAUAAUAAUAAUAAUUUUAAGAAGCCAAGUGUAGACAAUUUCGAGGCAUUAAAUUAUUUAAAAAAGAGAUUACUAGAAGAGACCUUUGAUUUACCAAUGUCAUCCUCUCUCAUAUCUUCUAAUCCUUCAAUUUCUCAUAAUAGUGGUCAAAGAUCACCUUUAAACGAUAAUUGUAAUAUUAAUAAUAACACUAAUAAGAGCAAUAGUAUUAACAAUAAUAAUAAUAACAAUAACAAUAACAAUAACAAUAUUAAAAAUAAUAAUAAUAAUAAUAAUAAUAAUAAUAACCAAAAAUCUAAACAACAUUGUGGUAGUAUUGAAUCACUUCCAUGUAUUCAACAACCUUUAAAUGUCUACCCACAUCCCCAACCAAAUUCGACAAAUAAUAAUAAUAAUAAUAAUAAUAAUAAUAAUAAUAAUAAUAAUAAUAAUAAUAAUAAAAGUUCAUCAACUAAUACAAGUCCAUUGAUAAAGCCUUUAUCAAAUGGAUUUUCGAUCCCUUCCCCAACUAGUUUGAAUGUACCUACACAACAAACAACAUCGACUAUUUUCCAAAAUUUGCAACAACAACUUUCUAAAAAGUCACAAUUAUCAUUAUCUUCCGAAUUGCAAAAUAAUAAUAAUAAUAAUAAUAAUAAUAAUAAUAAUAAUAAUAAUAAUAAUAAUAAUAAUAAUAAUAAUAAUUUAAAUAAUAUCACCAAAAAUAAUAAUAACACACAAAUAGGAUAUGUUGGAAAUAAAACUACAAAUGGCAUUGUAAAUGAAAAUCCAGCAUGUCCAAAAUGCAGCAUACCAGCAACUCGUAGACAUGAUAAAAGACGUUGGUGGUGCAAACCUUGUUCAAAAUCCUUUACUCCAUUUAGAAAAGAAAAAAGAUUAUCAAAUGACGAAAUUCUUUCAAAUGUCACACCUCAAUGUGGUAGAUGUUUCAAUCAAGCAACUCGUAAACAUGAUAAAAGAAGAUGGUGGUGCAAAUCCUGCCGAAAACCAUUCACUCCUACUCACUUUAAUCUUUCCGAGAAUCCAAAUAUGAUUUAUGUUAUGGGUGGUAGUAAAUAUAUUGCUCCAAAUGGUGCUGCCACUACCAGUAAUAAUACACCACCACCAUCAUCAUCUUCGAAUUCUCAUAGUCAUGAUUCAUUGAAAUCUUUAUUAAAUCCAGAUAUACCACCAUCACCCUCUUCAACUAAAAAGAUAAAAAUUACUAAUGGUAGUAAUCCAUCAUCUCAUUAUAAUUCCGAUGACGACGAUGAUAGUCAUCAUGGUGGUGAACAUGAUGAUAAUGAUGAUUAUGAUGAUGACGAUGACCAUGAAUUGGAAGUUUACGAUGAAAAUCAUGAUGAUUUAGAUAUAGACGAUGAAGUUCAAACUUUAAACAAUUUAAAUAAAUUACAUCAAAUUAAUAAUCCAAAUAAUAAUCCAAAUAAUAAUCCAAAUAAUAAUCCAAAUAAUAAUAAUAAUAAUAAUAAUAAUAAUAAUAAUAAUAAUAAUAAUAAUAAUAAUAAUAAUAAUAAUAAUAAUAAUAAUAAUAAUAAUAAUAAUAAUAAUAAUAAUAAUUUAAAUAAUAAUUCUUAUCAAAAUUCACAAAACCAUGGAUACUUACAUCAUCAUCAUCACCAUCAUCAUCAUCAAAGUAAUAGUUUAAAACUUACAAACAAUUAUGAUAUUAUUGAUAGUGAUGUGGUAAAAGAAGGUUUAUACCAUCAUCAUCCUCAUCACCAUCAUCCUCAUCACCUUCAUCCUUCUAAUCAACAUGGAUCACAUAAAAGCACACCAAAUUUAUCACCACAACAUUCUUCACCUACCAGCGCCAACAAUUUAACACAAAAACAAAUUUCUUCAAUGGUAAAUUCUCCAAAACUUUCUGGUUUGAAUAAUAAUAAUAAUCCAAAUAAUAAUAAUAAUAAUAAUAAUAAUAAUAAUAAUAAUAAUAAUAAUAAUAAUAAUAAUAAUAAUAAUAAUAAUAAUAAUAAUAAUCAUCCAAACCAUUUUUAUAACAACAAUAACAACAAUAAUAGCCAUAAUGAAAACUCUAAUAAUAUUGCAGGUGUUAGUAGUUUAACUGACUGUAUAAAUAGUAGUUUGGAAAAGGAAUUUGCCAAUAUGCAUAAUAGAUUAGGUAAUAGUGGAAAUCAUUUCAACAAUAAUAAUACCCCUAAUAAUAACAACAAUAAUAAUAAAAAAGCAAGUAAAGUUAUUUUGGAUAACUCAAUGGGAGCAUUGGUCCAAUUUAAUGGAAUUGAAAAUAUUCCUGAAGUAUUGUUGGAGUGGUUUGAAACUUCCCACCCAAAUAUAUUGGAAAAAAUGAUAUCAAUCAAGUCCGCGAAAACUAAUCUUGCCAAUAAAUAA